CAACAUCCAGUUGUUUUCUUUCACCGUCUUCUUUCAGCCGCAAGCUUGCAGUGAUGUGUAACUAAAACCUUUGAAUUUGACGGCCAUUGUCUAGGAUCUCUACCAAGUUGAAAAAAUGCCGAGCGUCUCUGUGAAAGAUGUGAACCAACAGGUUUUCGUCCGAGCUUUUGCUCAAUUUUUAAAGAAGACUGGUAAAGUGAAGCAGCCUGAGUGGUCUGACAUUGUCAAGACUGGCAAAUUCAAGGAGCUUGCUCCUUUUGAUCCUGACUGGUAUCUGGUGCGUGUUGCAGCGACUGCUCGUCACAUCUACAUGCGCUCUCCUGUUGGUGUUGGUGCUCUCAGGAAAGUCUUUGGAGGUCGGGAGCGCCGCGGCACCAAGCCCAGCCACUUCUGCAAGGGAUCAGGAUCGGUCGCCCGCAAGUCACUGCAGACUCUCGAGACCCUAAAGCUGGUAGAAAAAACCGCCAAUGGUGGCCGCGCUCUAACUUCUCAGGGACAGAGAGAUUUGGACCGAAUUGCUGCUCAGAUUCGAAGAUCGAAGCGUGCGUCAAAGGGUAAGAAACCCAAGGUGCUCAAAAUUUCUGCUAAGCCCAAGCAGCCCAAGAGCGAUUCUGCCAAGACGGAGAAGAGCGACAAGGGAGACAAAAGCGAAAAGGGCAAGAAACAGCCCAAGCAGCAGCCAAAGGCACAAAAGCAAGCUAAAUCCAAGAAAUAGGAUGAGUAAAGCUUUUGUCUGAGGAA